GUAGACAGACUCCACAGCAAUAAUGUCUCAAUGGAAUUCAACCACUAUAACUCCGGAUGUAGAUGAAUUCAUCAUUCCUGAUGAAGAUUCUACACCACCACAAUCUAGACAAACCGGCGCCAACAACAAUACUUUUGGCAGCACAGGAAAUGCAGGCAGCACAGGCAACACAGAAAGUGCUAAUCCGUUCUCAACCUUCUCACCGUUCAAUUUCGUACCUAAAGUCGACUUAUCAUCCACAUUUGCUCCAUUUGCAGGAACUAACGUUCAAUUACCUGAUAAUAAUACAUUCAGAGAACGUCAAUAUUCAGGAGGUGACACCUUGGAUGAACCAAUUUUAGAAACUUUAAAGAGAGACUUGCUUCAAAUUGCUAAGCGAUUAGCUAUAGUUGUUUGGCCCAUGCAGUUGUCCAAAUUAGCCAAGCAACAACAAUCCAGAUUUGUAACCUUUGCUUCAUCCAACGGUAUUCAACUUCCACAGCUGCUUGUGGAUAACCGAGUGAUAUCGGUUCCUGAAGAAGAAGAGGAUGUUGGCGUUACAGGCAUAUCUAGUGGUGAUUUAUUAGGACAGAACCUAGAAUGGGAUUUGUGGGGACCAUUGAUCUUUUCCUUGACUUAUGCUGUGACUUUAGGAGUGUCUGCUUCUAAAGAUCAAACUAAUCAAGUGUUUACCGGUUCAUUCUCGUUCAUGUGGAUUUUCUUUAUAAUUAUCGGAUUAAAUGUUCAGUUAUUGGGAGGCACCAUAUCAUUCAUGUCGGCAAUUAGUGCUGCUGGAUAUUCUAUGUUCCCUAUUGUCGUUGGUGAAUUAUUAUGUUCGUUAUUAAUUAAAUGGAAAUUAGUGAGAUUAGGCUUAAUGUUUGUAUUGGAUGUUUGGAGUAUUUAUGCCGGGAUAAUGAGUUUGAAAUGCUCAGGGGUGUUUCCUGGUAGAGUCACGUUGGCAAUUUAUCCAAUUAUAUUAUUUUACUCGGUACUUUCAUGGUUGACUGUAAUUACAUAGACUUGUGAUGAUAUAUACAUAUAUAUAUAUAAAUAAAUAUUCU